ACUGUAUAAAUGUGAAAGUAGUUACAAAGCUUAAAGACCUGAUGGAAGAGAGUGAGGAGAGUGAAGAACUGAGUGAGGCAGAGGAGAAACAUCGUCAUGUCAAAACUAGUAAGAAAUCUUUGAGUCGCUCACAGACUAAAAGUAAUUUAUUGCAAAGAAGGGCCGAAAAGCCUUUCACCUGCCAUCAAUGUGGGAAGAGUUACACAGUAAAAGGAAGCCUGACAUUACACAUGAGAAGCCACACUGGAAAGAAUCUGCACACAUGUGAUCAAUGCGGGAAGAGUUUUCCGAUAAAAGCAUACCUUAAGUACCACAUGAGAAUCCACACUGGAGAGAAGCCGUAUUCAUGUGAUCAGUGCGGGAAGAGUUUUACGAUGAAAGGAAGCCUCAAGGAUCAUAUGAGAAUCCACACUGGAGAGAAGCCGUACUCAUGUGAUCAGUGCGGGAAGAGUUUCCCAUACAUACACAGUCUUAAUAUUCACAUGAGAGGUCAUAGUGGAGAGAAGUCGUACACAUGUGAUCAAUGUGGGAAGAGUUUCAUAUAUAAAGGAUCUCUUAGUGAACACAUGACAAUCCACACUGGAGUGAAACCACACACAUGUGAUCAAUGUGGGAUGAGUUUCAGACAAAAAGGAUCUCUUAGUGAACACAUGACAAUCCAUACUGGAAGCGGUUAG